AUGAUAUUCUCCAAGCAAUUCUUGACGCUCAGCGUCGCGCUUGUUGCUGUUGCCGGCGCAAACAGCCAGCCAUAUCCACCCAACGUCACCCUCAGCAACUCAACCACCUCUAUGUACCAGCUUAGCAGCGAUGGCGAGUUUGCAUUCAUCCUCGAGGAAUACCUUUCUCUCGCCAAUGAGGAAGGUGCUGCUACAGGAGAAAUCCUUCGAGCCGCCGCACUCAUCGAACCUGGAAACAUCGAGAGCUGGUACAAAGAGUUCAAGUUUCUUGGCGACAAGAUUGGUGCUCAAGCCAAGGAGGCAGAGAGCAGCAAGGCGUGGGUAUCCGCUCGCAAGGCUUAUUUCCGAUCGUCUUCCUACUACCGGGCUGCCGAUUUCUUCUUGCACGGAAACCAGUCCGAUUCUCGGAUCUACACGCUCUGGGAUAAGCAGAGCGAAGCCUUCAACAAGGCCGUCAACCUACUGCCCAAGCCUCCGACUUUUGUCCAACUAAAGGCCAAAAGUUUUACUGUGCCCGCAUAUUUCUAUCCAGCAGCUCCAGAGCUCCCUCCUGGUAAGAAAGCUGCGCAAGGAAAACGAGUUCCUACUAUAAUCGUUGGCACGGGUUAUGAUGGUAAUCAAGAAUCGUUGUAUCAUGGCACUUGUCGCGAAGUCAUCGCCCGUGGCUGGAACUGCAUCACCUACGAGGGUCCAGGCCAGCCCACUGUGCGCCGACAACAGAAUAUCGGCUUCAUUCCGGAAUGGUGGGAGGCCGUUACUCCUGUUGUUGACUAUGUCCGUCAGCGCAAGGAUGUUGACCCCGAUCGCGUCGCGCUGAUCGGCCUGUCCUUUGGUGGACUUCUCGCGCCUCUGGCUGCUACACGCGAACACCGUCUCGCAGCUGUAGUCGCCAUCGACGGAUUACUCAACCUUCAACGCUCCAUCCUCGAAAAGUUCCCAGCUCAGAUGGUCGAGCUCUUUACCUCUGGAAACAAGACUGGCUUCAACGGAUAUGUUGAAAAACUCCUCGCUAUUCCUGACAUCACUCUUCAAUUCAAGUGGGGAGUCGACCAAGGUACAUGGGCUUGGAACACUACGGAUCCCUACACUUGGCUCUCGGGUGUCGGCGAAUUUGAUCUCGACGAGAAGAAGCUUUCGCAGAUCAAGUGUCCCGUCUUUGUUGCUUCGGGCCAGGAUGACCAUAUUGCCCCGGGGCAGCCAGAGGAGAUGGCGAGACUUUUGGGCGACAAGUCUCAGUAUCUCUUGUUCGAGACUGAGCUAGGUGCUGGAGAGCAUUGUGCUAUUGGUGCCGAGCAGCAGCUGGGUUUCAAGACGCUGGGUUGGCUUGAUGAGGUGUUUUCCAAGGUUUAG